GGAGGAGGAGGAGGAGGGAGGCAAGCAGUUGCAUCUCGCCGCCGCUUGGCCGUGAAACUCGACACCUCGACGGUGGCCGGAGCCGCGCGGACGGAGCCCCCGUUUAAAAGGGAAAGCCAUGGGAGGAAGGCUCCUUACUCCGUCACCACCCCCGUCAGGCAGGCAGGCACACACACACGCACUCUCCUCGAUCCGGAGCAGCCUCAAUGAAUGAAACACUGGGGAAUAUCCACACGCAUGCCAGCGGGGAGCCUCUGUGUCCACACGGAUUGUAUGCCGGCCUUGACAGGCUCUAGUCAACAUGCGUUUUCCCUCCUGGAGCUUCAACCCGAGCUGUACCAACGCCUGACUGACUGACCGACCGGCCGCCGGUGUGUCUUCUUCAUGCCCGCCCUUGCCAAGGAGUCACGCUGUGAUUGACGGAUCAGGUUUUUGACUGCCAGGACAAAUGAAUACAAAUGAAUUUAGGCACCCAAAGGAGAGAUUGCAAAACCUCUCAUCUAGACACAAAGAGAGCCCUACUGCUCUGUACCAUUUUAUACUGUACUUGUUACCUGGGACUUACACAAGUACACUCUGAAGAUGUGGACAUCCUCCAAAAGCUGGGGCUUAAGGGAGACAAGCCAUCACGCUCCGUACCAGCUGGGGUCAUUCCCUUCAAAUCUGGAAUCAUCCUCAACCAACUGGCGCACAUUGAGGGUCCACUGCGCUCCAUCUGGCCGACGUCCGUCUGGACCGAUGCGGCACUGGUCCUGAGUGUCCGCUCACACAGAGUCAACAGCGCUUUCCUCUUCACCCUGCUCUCGGAAAAGAAGAAGCUUCUCCUCGGCCUGCAGCUUGUACCGGGCAGUCUUGUCCUCCACACGGGACCAAACUCCUCGGUGGCGCUGCCUUAUGAACCCCACGACGGCCAGUGGCACCAGCUGGCGGUGGGAAUUAAAGGACAGAAAGUGACUCUAUAUGCCUCCUGCGGAGAGCAGAGUGUUCAUGUGGACUUUGGGUGGGACAAUGAGGAGGGACUGGCACCGGAGCAUGAGGAUUCCUUCCUGCUGGGCCGUUCAAGCCAACAAGCUUGGGCUCACUUUGAAGGAGCCAUCUGCCAGUUUGACCUGAUCCCGUCUGCCCAGGCAGCUCACAACUACUGCAAGUACAUUAAGAAACAGUGUAGGGAAGCUGACACGUACAGGCCGAAUCUUGCACCUUUGCUGCCUGUCUUACCGCGACAAAUCAAUGCAUCAUCCACCGCUGCCCCCAAACAUGGGAGUCUGAUAACCAAGAAGGCCACUGGGCGAAGCCUCGCGCGAAGUGUUGCGGCCGCCGCCUCCGCUGUCAGAUACGUAGCCCCCACGCAAACAGUAAAACCCACCGUCGGGACCACUCCUAUGAUCUUACCUAGGACUGUGAUGCCAGUCGCAGAUCAUCUUGGCCUAGCCUCUCCACCGACCAAGACAAGAACUGAAACUGUCACGGCUCCACUCAGGACCACAGCAGCUCCAACCGGACCACCUGCCACAAAACCAUCCACCUCUAAAACAACAAGUCAGCCAACUCCCAGAACAAGUUCUCCAAAGCCCACUUUGCCAAACAAGAAGGUGGUUGUAGCAACCGAAAAGAAGAAGCCCACUCCCACAGCUACUACGAGCCCAAAUCCUUCCAAGAAAAAGCCUGACUCUGCUUCAUCAGAUCAAGCUCCAGCCCUAAAGAAACCACAGCCGACCGCAGCUAAGAAAACCCCCAUUAAGGCCAAAGUCAUACCAUCCAAAGCCACUCUCUCAAAGCCCAAGCUAAAUUCUGUCAAAGCGUUUCCCUCCAAACCAGUAGUAUCAAAAGUCAACCCUUCAAAAGCAACCAUAUCGAAAGGUUUUGCGAAAACCACCAAGCCAAACCUGAAACAGGUCAUCAAGCCAACCAAGCAAACCAGAGCCACCAAGGCUCCGGUCACCCCACGACCGACAACACCUUUGUCCAAUCUUGUAACAUCACCUGCCACAGACGGCUUCCAGAGCUGGGAGGUACCACCUACUCAGUUCUCCCUGCUGGCUGGACCUGUUGGACUAAAAGGCGAACCUGGCCCUGCGGGACUUCAAGGACCCCCAGGGAAGCCAGGCCUGCCAGGAAAGAGGGGUGCUCGGGGUCUCCCGGGUCCCCACGGAAACCCUGGCCGACCUGGGCCACUCGGGCUUAAGGGUCGAAAAGGAGACCCCGGCAUCUCACCUGGACCGGCCCCGAAAGGAGAGAAGGGUGAUUUGGGAAUCAUCGGCCCGGCUGGAAUGACCGGUCAAGAAGGUCGCAAGGGGCAGAAAGGUUACCCAGGUCCACCUGGACUCCCCGGAGAAUCUGGAGAGCAAGGUCCAGUCGGAAGCCCAGGUGCCAAAGGUUAUCCUGGCAGGCAGGGUUUACCUGGGCCAGUAGGACCAUUGGGGCCUAAAGGGGUGCGGGGUUUCAUUGGAAUCCCUGGGCUUUUUGGCCUCCCCGGACCUGACGGAGAAAGAGGCAUUCCAGGCGAACCAGGCAAGAGGGGCAAGAUGGGUAGGCCGGGGUUUCCGGGUGACUUUGGAGAGCGAGGACCACCUGGAGCAGACGGAGAACCAGGCCAGAUGGGAGCCCCCGGUCCAAAUGGAGUUCUCGGACUAAUUGGUGACAUGGGACCUGUUGGCGAGAUGGGCCUUCCAGGACCCAAUGGACUGAAGGGGGUACACGGAAAUCCAGGAGAACCAGGACUGAAAGGUGAUAAGGGUGACAUCGGGAUUCCUGGCGAGCAAGGCGAGAUAGGCUUCAAAGGAGACAAGGGCAUCCAGGGCGCUUCAGGACCACCUGGCCUCCGAGGGAAACCAGGACCCCAGGGUAGUGUGGGCGACAAAGGUCCUGAUGGCACACCAGGACCAAUAGGCCCCGAGGGUUUCCCUGGCGACAUGGGACCCCCGGGAGAGAAUGGCCUUGAAGGACCAAAGGGAAAGCUCGGCACAAGAGGUUUACCAGGACCACGGGGGUUACCUGGCUUUGAGGGAGACGAGGGCCCGAUCGGGCCUCCGGGACCGACAGGAUUUGAGGGUCGACUGGGCGGAAAAGGAUUCCUCGGGAAAGUCGGGCCUGAAGGAGCGAAGGGAGAGACUGGCAUCACGGGAAAAGUUGGCGCCAUGGGAGAAAGAGGCUUGGUGGGUUUCAUCGGACCCGUGGGCGAGGUCGGAAUGGCGGGAGAGAAGGGGGACCGAGGCACGAUGGGUCUUCCCGGACCACCUGGGGAGAAAGGCUCAGAUGGUCACCCAGGGACACCAGGGGAGGUUGGGCCUUCAGGACCACUAGGAAGACCAGGAGCCCCUGGGGCGCCAGGGCCCGCAGGUAGCAGAGGAACCAAAGGCUUGCGGGGAGCAGCGGGGCCCGACGGUCCAAUUGGAGAGACGGGGUCAGAGGGCAAGAAGGGUCCAGACGGUCCUCCAGGAAAAAUUGGCUUCCCCGGACCCCAGGGUAAAAUCGGGGAGUCGGGGGAAACCGGCCUGAAAGGAUUUCCUGGUAUCCAAGGGCCAUCAGGGUCACCGGGCGACAAGGGAAUUGCGGGCGAGCAGGGGCCACUCGGGCCGCCGGGCAUUCUGGGACUGUUGGGAGAAAUUGGCCAAAAGGGACCUCCUGGUAGCAUGGGAGAACCAGGACUGCCAGGCGAGCCAGGAGACAAGGGAGCCAUCGGUGCAGACGGGAACAUCGGAGAGCAGGGACUCGUUGGCCCUCGGGGUGAGCCAGGCUUGGAGGGGGAGGCUGGUCCUGCUGGUGCUGAUGGAACUAAGGGUGAAAAAGGCGACAUGGGUCAGGAGGGCGACAAUGGUGAAAAAGGCGAAACUGGUUUAAAGGGAAAAGAAGGCCUCCCCGGUAGUCCUGGAAUCCCUGGUGUCAGAGGCCAAGAGGGCAAAUGUGGUAAAAUUGGAGAAAGAGGCAAACUUGGUCCAAAGGGCGCCAAAGGUCACCAAGGCCACCUUGGGGAGACCGGGACAGUGGGCAAGAUGGGACCGCAGGGCAGCGUCGGGCCCAAAGGCUCCAGAGGGACCAUCGGACACGUGGGAGCUCCAGGCCGAAUGGGUCAACAGGGGGAAACAGGUCUUUCAGGUUAUGAGGGCCAUCAGGGAUCUUCUGGCCCAAUGGGGCGUCCAGGACCAAAAGGUGAAAAGGGCGAGCAGGGGGAUGACGGCAAAACCGAGGGUCCUCUUGGUCCUCCAGGUGAUAUAGGUCCUCCGGGCGACAGGGGAGACAGGGGGGAACCGGGCGACCCUGGCUACAAAGGUCAAGUUGGUGUGGAUGGAGAACGAGGCCGAGCUGGUGCUCCUGGACUUCCUGGACAUCCUGGCCCGCGAGGCAUUCAAGGACCUAAAGGGGCCAAAGGAGAUCAAGGUCAAAAAGGCAAGAGGGGUCAAACGGGUGCCAAAGGAACCAGAGGAACAGAGGGGGCAGGCGGUCCUAUCGGGCCCAGAGGUGUGGUGGGCAGAGAGGGACAUGAGGGAGUACCCGGGAUGGACGGAAAGCCAGGAAUUGAUGGAACUAAAGGCAUGCCGGGAGAGCAUGGAAAUGAUGGGGAGACUGGCCUCCCAGGCAAAGCUGGCUCUCGUGGCAAAACCGGUGUUACAGGACUACCAGGAGAUCAGGGGGCCUUUGGACCAAAGGGGGAGCGAGGUCUUCGCGGACAGAGCGGUCCUCCUGGGAAAAGAGGCUUUUGGGGUGGAAUGGGACUUCCAGGGGCACGGGGAGAUCGCGGACCAAAAGGACAACCUGGUGAUGUCGGUGAAUCCGGCUUUCCUGGAAUUCUUGGAGUUUUAGGUCCAAAGGGGCCUCCAGGAGACUUUGGGCCAAAGGGCAUACGAGGGCCAAAGGGGCCACAAGGCGACAUGGGCCGGGGUGGUGUUAUGGGCCCUAUAGGAAUUAUUGGCCCCAGUGGAAGUGCGGGCCCAAGGGGAGAGAAAGGCAGCCGUGGUGCUAUGGGAGUACAAGGACCUAGGGGAGCUCCCGGACCCCGUGGACGCCGUGGCCCACCAGGUCCCAUGCGUGUGCCUCCAUCGUUUAAAGAGGAAGGUCUUUUGUAUAUGGAUUCGCAUAGCCAGCUCAGGAAUGAGAAUAAGCUAGUGAUGGACCUGCCCAUGCUGGACCAGGGUGCAGAGAUCUUCAAGACCCUCCACUACCUCACUAAUCUGAUCCAGAGCCUGAAAAACCCACUGGGCACCAGGGAGAAUCCUGCCCGCAUCUGCAGGGACCUGCUCAGCUGUGAACAAAAGCUAAACGAUGGCAUUUAUUGGAUUGACCCUAACCUCGGCUGCACGUCCGACACAAUCGAAGUCUCCUGCAACUUCACGGGCGGCGGGCAGACUUGCCUGAAACCAAUAACUGUAUCCAAGCCAGCAGUCAACGUCAACCGCGUCCAGAUGAACUUCCUCCACCUGCUGAGCACCGAGGCUGUCCAGCAUGUCACCAUCCACUGCUUGAACGUCUCUGUCUGGAGAGCUGCCCAGCAUUUGCCGGCUUCCCGGGAAUCCUCGGUGCGCUUCAAGGCAUGGACUGGCGAGAUAUUUGAGGCUGGAGGACAUUUGGAGCCCGAUGUGGUGGAGGACUCUUGCUGGAUGAAAGAUGGCCGCUGGCACCAGGCCCGGUUUGUAUUUCGGUCCAUGGACCCGUCCCUGCUCCCUGUGAUCGAUGUGGUCCAUCUUCCUGAGACCAGCCGUGGAUCGCACUACCACCUGGAGAUUGGUCCCGUGUGCUUCGUGUGACCCGGGAAGUGUCAUGUUGGUGGAGUUUUCAGUGGUCACCCUGGUACCAGCCCAGCCUUUCCUCGCCAACAAGCUUGUGCCAAUCUUUUGUUGAGGGCGAGUAGAAAAGGAGCCGGGGGAGUUCUUGCACUAAUAUCUUCUCCAUAGCUUCUUCCGGCUCCUCCGUGAAACAAACAAAGCAAAAAAAAUAAUAAAAAUAGGCCUGUAUCAUCUCUAGAACGUUUCAAAGUGGAGGGAUGCCUCGUGAGCCGAUCAAUUGGACCGGAUUAUAAUUCAAUUUUAUUUUUGUAUACAUUGUGUAUACAACAAGAAAGGAAAAUCCAUUCUGAAAUCCUAUAAAGAAAAUAUAAU